AUGGACCUCACGGCAAUCCUAGCAGCCCUUUCUGCGGUACACUCCCCCGCAGCCCCAGCGCAGCAUACCACCACGCCUGCUCAGCCACUCAUCGCUUGCCGUACCUGCAAGCUCCCGCAACCAGCUUCCCAGUUUGUACAUCAGCGUUUUCCAAACAAGACGGUUCUCAACUGUUUUGGCUGCCGUUCGCUCAUUACGCCGAACCCCACACCAGUUAGCCGUCGACAGGUAGCUCGUGCAGCACCUCGCGCAGCUCCAGUACCCACGCGCUUGCCAACAGCUUUACAGCGGCUGCCUGUUGUCGCGCCAGCGCCACCUCAGCAGCAGCGUCCCCCGCCAGUAGUACCACAGCCAACGCCCGUCGCCACGCAUCACACGGCUGCCGAACCGCUGGUUGCAGCCCCAGCAGCGACCCACCCACCGGCAGUUCAGCCCUUCCCGGCGGUGCAGGCACAGGUUCAACCGACUCCGGCCUUUGGCACCGUCGGGGCUCUGGCACCAGUGGUUACGCACGCAGACCUCGCCGAGCUUCGCCAGACCCUGCAGGACGACCUCACCGACACUCUGCGUGAUCUCCUGGCAGCUCACUUUGCAAACGCGGCAGCGCCAGCCCAGCCCAACGUCCCGGCAGCCCAUUUGGCUCCGGCUUCUGUGCCAGCCGCUGCACCCUUGCCAACACCAACAUUCCAGCCGGUAGUACCGGCUGCUCCAAUCCCACCUGGUGAGUCUCUUGCCAAUCUCACUGGAUUCCCUUGGGUCACACCUGAUCUUGCCGACAAGGUCUACAACGACACCCUUCCAGCUCAAGAGCUGCACCGCCUCGCCAACCCAGCCUGGUUACCUGCCGACCCCGAAGAGAGCACAGGCUUCACAGUGAACGGCAUUGUCUUUGGCAAGCCAGCAACUAGCCUUUCGUCCAGUCGUCAAUUUGCAAAAGCACUUCCAAACUUUGCUAGCUUCUGGAGAGUGUGGAUUGUGUACAUGCAGCUUCGUGCUUCUGCUUCUUCGGAUCGUGGUCUUGGCAUUGCACUCGGCACGUUUCUGCACCACAUCUACGAAGUGGAGCAAGUCUUUCCCUGGUCGCGGGUGGUCGACUACAUUCUUACCGUCUGCAUCAAGCGUUUUGGACGGUCCUCCUCUGCGGACUGGCUGAACACGGACUCCAACGCGCACUUUGCCAGCUUUCAAGGCGUACAGGGUCGUGUUGCGCCUUCUUCCUCCACACCCGGUUCCAAGCGGCCAGCGCCAAAGGACGACGACCCCCGCCGCAAGCAAGUCUGCUUCUCCUGGAACAACGGCAAGUGUUCAGGUACUGAAAAGCGACCGUGCAUCCGCCUCCACGUCUGCAGCAAGUGCAACGCCCCUCACCAGUCCAAAACCUGCCAGUCGACCGCAGACUCAGGCUCGGGCAUCAAAAAGCAAGCCUAG